UCAAGUCCAGCAUCAGUUGGUUAAUAGAAAGAAAGAAUGAAACAAACAGAAAUAUAGCGAAAGCAAAGAUCAUCGGAUAAGUGGAUAUACUGAACGCCAUUCGUUGCGGAUUAUUAGAUCAUCAAACAAGGAAAAAAUUGAAAUUUGAAAAUUAUUUUAAAAAUGUUACGAAUACUCGGAAUAGUGCUAAUGUUGGUCCUAAUGACCCAAUCCAUACUUUGUUUGGACAAUGCGGAAAGUGAAAAUAGUGAUUAUGACAAAAACAACAACAACAACACAGAGGAUAUAUCAUUUCGUGAAGCCAGACGCAGUAACAUUGCCGAGAGCUGUUUGACAACGGAGGAUGCCAGUGGCACGUGUAUGACACGUUUUAGGUGCCUCAGUUCCGGUGGCAUACCCAAGGGCUAUUGCAGUGGUUCCUAUGGGGUGUGUUGUGAAACCAAUCUCCAAUGCAAUGCCAUCUCGAAGCUGAAACGCACAAUCAUUAAAAACCCCGCCCUCUUCACACAGGAUCCAUGUGAAUAUCACAUACAGGCCUUUAGCCAGAAUGUAUGCCAGCUAUUAAUAGAAUUCCAACGCUUUGAGUUGCAACCACCCACCUAUGAUUCAGGCUCCCACAUUUUGGAAUGUGGUGAUAAUCUAAUGAUCGGAGAUUUUACCCUAUGCGGUGACAAUACGGGUCAACAUCUCUAUCUACCCUUUAAUGUGGCCAAUGGCAUUCAGGAAAUCACUUUGACAUUUAAUUUACCAAAUCGUUGGUCCCUCAACAAUUGGCGUUUGGUCAUAACCCAAUUGGAAUGUCCCGUCUCGAAGAGGAGAUCACAGCAGCAGCAUCAACAGCAAACAUUUAUGCCAUUUGUAAAUGGUAAUAAUUUGCCAAAUUUGAGAACAAUAUUCUCUUCGCAUCACAAUAAUGAUUUUGAUCUGCUGGCGCCACCUGGAUGUCAUCAAUAUUUCACACAGCCGAUGGGUACCAUAAAGACGUUUAAUUACAAGGAUGAUGGCAGCACCUAUUAUUUGCCCGGUAUGAAUUAUGUCAUAUGUAUUAAGCCGAGCAGUGGAGCAACCAUGAUUGAAUAUCAAGCGACCAAAUUUUCCAUGUCCAACGAAGUUGCCACAGCAGCUGGUUAUGAUAGCGAUUGUCGCAGUACCAUAAAGACAGAUGGUCGCCGGGAGGAUUAUCUAAUGAUACCGCAGUCCUUUGUGGCGAAUACUUUGAAUAUUCUGCCCACAUAUUACUGUGGCACAUCGUUACAGACACGCCCCUCCCUCAUUGCCUCAGCACCGUUCAUCAUGUACUUCAGCAGUGAUGGCUUCACAGAUGAAACCGAAACUGGUUUUAGUAUUAAUUAUCGUGUCCGUACCGCCUAUUAGUUAUAUAGUUAGAAAUAAGUUAUAAAUUAUUGCGUCUAUUUUGUAUGUAGAGAUUACAUUUAAUACAAAUACAGGAUAAUUAUUAAGAUA